CACCUACUUGGUUGAAACAACAAAUCUCGAGUAAACUCGCCAUACUAAAAAAGUGUAUAAAUAUAAAUAAGAUUAUUUAAAAACUAUACAAAGUUAUAUUGUUAAAUUAUUAUAGACACGAAAAUUAUAAGUAUUUGUCUAAUAUUAAAACUUUAUAUUAUACGGACAUAUCGUUAUCGUUAUCGUAAUUUAAAUUAAUUUAAAGAGUCAAAGGUUAAGAAUUAGAGUAUUUUGUUAUGUAAACGUAAUCAUCCAUAACGUCUGAAAUCUACUUUAAGACAUUGAUCUAAUGGAUCAAAAUGAUGUUACUUUUAAUCUUCGAGAAUCUGUUUAUACCAGUAAUGAUGAUGAUGGUGGUGGGGAAAUGUCUGAGAGGGUAUCUAGCCUUGCAAGUUGCAUAUAUGCAGAAUUCGAGAGAAUGAUGCAGAAAUACGGUUCCAAUGUGGUCGAAAUGCUUAUGCCAAUGGUUAUAAAUGUUUUAGAGCAAUUAGAAACUGCCUAUAAUGAAAAUAAUGAGCAAAAUGUUGAGUUAGAAUUACUUGCUGAGGAUAAUGAGCAACUCAUGACACAAUAUGAGCGUGAAAAACAGUUAAGGAAGUUAGCAGAAACUAAAUACUUAGAGUAUGAAGAUUCCAGAGAGCAGGAUAAACAAGAACUUCAGCAUAUCAUUGAGCUUUUAGAGACAACAAAUAAGCAAAACGAAGGAAAAAUUAAAAUUUUACAAGAUCAAAUUGAAAGAACAGAAGAGCGUUUAGUGGAGCAAAAAAGGGAAUAUGACACUCUUCACACAAGGCACACAGAGAUGCUGCAUGCAUAUAUGGAAAAAAUUGAUAUACAAACCAAAUGUUCACCUUCAACGCCAGAUCUUGCUUCAAAAUUUUUAAAGUUCACUCCACCAUCCCAAAACAUUGCACCAGUUACACAUUCCCAAGAUAGUACUGUGUAUAAUGAAGAUCCUAAAUCAAACUUAAAUAGUUCAUCCGAAGGAAGUUUACCCACAGUAGAACACCAUUAUGUAGAGAAUUUUAAUGAUACUUCGUUAGAAGAUGAGAUUACAGAAACUGAUACUGAAGCUUCUCAGUUAAGCAUUACUCCAAAGAAAAAACUUGUUGUGAGUGAUUUAAACAACCAAAUAGUUGAUCACAACCAUGAUGAGGAUAAAAUCAACAAUUCAAAUACUUUUGUAACUGCUGAAAUGACGCUUAGUCCUGGAGCCUUGGCAAUAUUGCAGAGCACUCCUGAGCUCUACAGAAAUCAAUCAAGACCUGAUGAAGAAUCUGUAUAUGAGACUCCUAGAAUUGAUAUAUUAAGUGCUCAGAAGUUUAGAGAACAAUCAUUAGAUUCACUUGCAAGUUCUGCUCCUAAAAGUAGUGAUAUUUUUGAUUUAAUGAAUGAUCAAAGUGGAUGGAAGGAAAUGGAUCAUUUAUUGAAUGAAAACAAAGAUCUUAUUGAUAUAAGGAACAAGCUUCAGACGCAAAAAAAUGACUUGAUUAGGAGAGUUGAAGAUAUUACUAACAAAAAAGAUUUGCAGGAUGAAGAAAUAAGUGGUUUACAAACUACAGUGUCAAGAAUGAAGAUGAAAAUUGCAGAGUUGGAACAAAGCAAUAAAAAGAUGCGACUUGAAUAUGAAAAGGCUCAACUUCAAUUGAAAAACAAAAUGGCUGAAGAGAGAAUAUCCUCAGCAAAUCGGAAACGUUUCACACGUGUUGAAAUGGCAAAAGUUUUAAUGGAAAGAAACCAAUAUAAAGAGAGGUUGAUGGAACUACAAGAAGCAGUACGCUGGACAGAAAUGAUUCGAGCAUCUAAAGAAAAUCAUAUUGCUGCAUUACAACAAAAAAAGAAAUCAUCUAUAUGGAAGUUGUUUAGUAAUUUGUUUACUGGUCCAAAUCCAACAAGUUCAGCACAAAAAAAGUUAUCUAUCAGUCAACCUAUUCCUCAUUCAAAGUCAUGGUUCGGAAGUGAUGAUGAAGUAUCAAUUUCAAGAAAAAACAGUACAGUUAGUACUACAGGAUCAUUUUCAGUUGCAUCAAAGUUUCAACCUGAACUUGCAUAUGAAGGUCUUACCAUCAGACAAAGACAAGAAAGAAGAGAAAGAUAUAAGUAUGUCAAAGAACACAUUGUUUCAGAGGGUAGACAUCAAGCUUAUGGUUGGAGUCUACCUGGUACAACUGAACCUGAAGAUAAAGAUGAUCUUGCAUCUAUUCCAAUUCCUGUUUAUUGCAGACCCCUAAACACUGAAGCAUCUAUGAAGAUUUGGUGUGCCUGUGGUAUUUCUUUACAUGGUGGUCGAACACCUGCUGGUAAUUUUAUAGGCCUACCUGCUGAUUUCAAAGAACCUUCAAUAUCAACAGUUUGGAUUGGUACAAGCACUCAUUCAUGUAGUAAAAUUACAAUAAUCGAUGCCAAUAACCCUUCAAUUGCUCUUGAUCAAUUUAUAGUCUCAUCAUCUCAUCUUUUAUGUAUGGUUGCUGUAGAUGGUUUAAAUGAUGAUGAGCUGAUGUCUGAAAAAAACUCUCCAGUUCUGAUUGAUCAUAACAGUAUUGUAACUGGAGUGCAAACUGAGGAAGAGUCAUUUCCAGAUGAAGAUCAAACAGAUGGAUUUUUAUCUCAGAAUUUUAGCAGUAUACUUCCAACAAUGUGGCUUGGUGCGCAAUCUGGAAAAAUUUAUAUUCAUUCAGUCGUUGGUAAUUGGAAGAAAUGUCAACAGUCUGCAAAAUUAAAGGAUUCAUUGCUUAGUAUUAUAUAUACACAUGGUCGUGUUUUGGUUUCUUUAGCUGAUGGCACUGUUGCUAUAUUCCAUAGGAAGCCAGAUGGUCCAUGGGAUUUAAGUAACUAUCAUUUACUUGAUCUUGGUCGUCCUCAUCAUUCUAUUAGAUGCAUGACCCCAGUUCAUGAUCGCGUGUGGUGUGGUUAUAGAAAUAAAAUCCAAGUUAUCAAUCCGAGAACCAUGAGAAUAGAGAAAUCUUUUGAUGCACAUCCUCGUCGUGAGAGUCAAGUUCGUCAACUUGCUUGUUUUGGUGAUGGUGUUUGGGUGUCUAUAAGAUUAGAUAGCACGUUAAGGUUGUAUAAUGCUCAGACUUUUCAUCAUUUGCAAGAUGUAGAUAUUGAACCAUAUGUCAGUAAAGUUUUAGGAACUGGUAAGUUUGGAUUUUCAUUUGUACGCAUUACAGCAUUACUCAUAACAAAUGAUCGACUAUGGGUAGGUACUGGAAAUGGAAUUAUUCUAUCAAUCCCUUUAAUUUCUGCCCAGCUUGGCAAUGAAAAGGAAACAGAAAAUAUAAUCGAAACAGUAGAUUCUUCUGAUUCAAAGAGUUACAAAUCUACUGGAACUGUUUUUAUGCCUUACUGUUCGAUGGUUAACGCUCAACUUUCAUUUCACGGACAUAGAGAUUCUGUUAAAUUUUUUGUGGCUGUUCCAGGAGCAGCUUUAAAUAUUGAAGCUGCUAAAGCCUAUUCAAAUGCAGGUGCUAGGCCUCCCAGUCCAUUAAACUCAACUGCAAAAAAAUCUCUUCCAAACAGCAGUUUGCUUGUCAUGAGCGGCGGAGAAGGCUAUAUUGACUUUCGUGUUGGAGACGAAGAAUUUGAUGAAAAUCAGUCAUCUAAUGACGGAAUGAUCAUGUCUUCCAAGGUUAUUACCGUUGAGAGAAGUCAUUUGUUAGUAUGGCAAGUUAGUAAAUAGGUUGAAUGUACUGCUAUCUUAAUAGUCUAUCAUAAUUUUAAAAGAAAAAAUUAUUCAAACAUGUUUUGCAUGUUUUAAUUAAAUCAUGCAAUAAUCAUCGACUUAUGUUGUGCAAAAAUUUUAAGUUUCAAAUGUACUUACAAACUUGUACUUUUAUUAAUCUGUAUUUAGUUCUCUAUAA